AGGGGGAGAAGUAAAUGGAUUAGGGGAAAGUCAAUAGGCGUUCAUUCCAAACAUUGGCCUCAGUUGUUCUCAGAAGCUACAAAGUCUGGCAGCUCAAGUUUUUCUCUGUUCGUUUUUCCCUAUUGGAUGCAUUGGAUAUGUUGUAUUGAUUUUUUACUGUACUCGAAGAAUUGUUUGAUACCCGUCCUGGCCACUGGGAUACCGAUUUUACCUGGAUAUUAUCAUUAAUGUAUUUACAAGGUUUUUUUGUAUUUUUUUUCUAGGAAAAGCUGUGAAAAAAAAGCUGGCAAAUGACCAAGAGAACAUUCUGUUAAUAUCAUUGACUCUUCCGCAUUGUAUGAAAGGCUGCACAUACCUAGAAGUUUACUAGAGGCUUGGAGUAAAGACAAGUGUGAGGUCUGUGCCACACACGUCAACCAACUCAAGGGAGAAGCCGUAGCAAUGGUCCAAUCGCUGGAGGAAGCCCAAGCACAGAAUGACGCUGCAAACAUCGGCCGUCUGUCCGGUCUAGUGGGGUCUCGGGACCUGGCUUCACUUCAGCGCUACCUCUAUGCCCACCACGCCCAUGGUGCAGCCACCGCCCACGGCACCCAGCACCACCGGACAGCGAGGCAGCAGGUUAAAGGACAGCAUACAACGGCAGCAGCUGCGGCUGUAGCAGCGGCUCGUAAGCAAGCAUUACCCCCUGCUCUACAGGCCCAGCAGUACCUGGAAGAGAGCCUUGGAGCUUCUUGGUGGACGCAUCCAAAGCUGAGCUCCAUGCUCUCAUCAGCUCAUCAGGUAAGUUCCAAGAUAUGGAGAACAUCACCACCUUUGAGCUGUUAAAUUUUAUUGAUAUUAUAUGGCAAGAAGAUGUGACACAGUACUAAAGAAUUGACAGUGAAAAGCAUAUAGACAAGUCAACCACUUGAACACCAGGAACAGAAAAUAUUCCAUUCUGAGGCUUUCUGUUCCGACUCCAGUUGAAACAAAGUUAACAAGAUGCAAGUAUUAAUGCGUAGGCCUACAUCCAUAGUUAAAAUAAACUGCAUAAUACUCAAAAGCGUAGAUGAUAGAUAUACUAAUUUGAAAAACAAAAGUACACCCUCAAAUGCUACAUUAUUGAUUCUUUGUAUGAGAGGCAAGAGAUUUUUUUUUAAAGUAAAAUAAACGUAUACAGGCAUGAUAGGUCACUGAAUGCUGAAGAGUUUGCAGUGAUAAAUUUUAAUUGUCCAUAGAAAUAAGAAUUUAUCAAUUUCCAUGCAGCCGGCCAUUGGCACGAAUAAAAACAAAAUUAAUUUCAUUAAAUUGUCCAUGACAAUCUUUGAGCAUACCAACAAGUUAUCUUUAUUACAUUCAGUGUACACCAUACAGCCAGUGUCUCUUUUGGUCCAAGAUAUCGACAUCUCCCUAUUCGUGAUGGGGUCAUCGUGCCCGUCACUCCAUUCAAACCAAAACACGCUUCCAUUUAUAGUGUAAACCAACUAAUGAGUUGGAUUAACGUGAGUCACUGUAAUUAAAAGAGGGCUAAACAAACAGAACUACAUGCCAGGUGCAGAAUUGGGUCUAAAGAUAGACUAGGCUUGUUGAGCAAAGUUUGCUUCUCAGAUUUCAAUUUCUUAGUGGAAGAUGACCCAUAUGCAAACACUUCAGCUAAGAUUCUCAUAUCGGAAAGAAAAGGAACAUCUCAUUUGUUAUGAUAUAUAGUAUAGUUAGAAGGUCAAUGCAUGGCCCAGAUAUUUGUUGAGUUGAGCUGUCAGUGAUAGCUCAUGUAAAGUGUAGGAAUAUAAAAAAAAAAAGAAUCCAUGCAUUGAAAUAUACCAAAAUCACGAAACACAAUAUUAUCACAGUGUUUGUAUGAUUGUAGAUCAAACAAGAUAAAAGUAGCCUCUAUGACAAUUUUGAAUAAUGUCUUUGUUUUAGGCCUACACAUUUCAUUGAUGUGAGUUUGAAAAGGAGUAGAGGAGGCAGCUACUGAAUUGGGUUGAAAUUUUUGAAUAGCACAAGGAAAUUUUUUGUAAAAAUUCUAUCCAGAGAGACUGAUUAAAGUGACAUUUGAUAUUUUCAAAUUUUUUUGGCAUUUAUAUGUUUUAUUGGGUCAAUCUGUUGCUGAAGUUUCUCUUAAAUUUAUGGUGGGUAAUGUUAUGAGUAAAGAAAUUUCUUCAUAAAGCAUUGUCUGUGAAUGUAUGGUCUUUCUACCGUGGUGGCCACCAGUGCAACACCCUCGACCAACUCCUAGCUCCUAUAGUCAGUCAGUCAGUCCGUCAUCUUAUCUUGCAGACAGGCAAGAUUUCAUCCCUUGAGCCAUCAAGUCAGGAAACCAGGCCGGGUUGAAUGACAUCCACCACCGUCUUACCCCCCAAAACUCAUCAAAUACUAGCACUUUUCAAGAAAUCAAGAGUAUACCUCUCAGUCUGGGCUUCUUGAUUGCUCAGACAUGGCUCUCAAAUCCAUUGUGGAUUGUUCUUCUUUUCUUUCUUUCCUUCCCCUCCAUCUUCAUCAGAAGAAUAGAAACCCCCCAUAUUCCCCGAACAACGGGAGAAGAUUGUAAUUGUUUACGGGGGAGUCAGGUGUGACAGAGUUUCACAGGGGAGAAGCACGCGCAGGUACCAACGUAAAUGUUUAUGUUCGAUUAACUUGCUCUGUCAUGAUCCACGAGAAAUGGAGGAUGCCCUUUUUUCUGUAUGGUCUUGAGACUAGAAAAUAAAUGGCUCUUCUUUCUUCGUUUCUCUUGCCC